CAAUAGCAGAAGGAGAGAGCCUGGUACAGCCUGGACCUCUCGCUCUCCCUCCUCAAGCUCUCUUUCCCUUGCAGAUCAGUCUCUCUCCCCGUCUCUGUCUCUCUGCAUAGGCAAUCAGAGCUCGUACUUGCAGACCUAACUCUCCCUCUCGCACUGAUUGUAAUGAAUUUUCUGCCUGAAUGUAGGUCGCUUACGACCGCAAACACGCGUUUCCUUCAAAUCCAGUGUUGUUGUUUUUCCUGUUGUUAUUUUUAAUUUUUUUUUCUUUUGUGGUCGUUGCAUUCCUUUGGAGCAGCAAAUCGCUUUGGAUUCCAAAAAGGAGAGCAGGAACUGUGUGCGAAUAAUUCUGGCUGCGAGCUAUCCUGUGAGGAUUUCCUGGCUAUGUAAAAAAAAAGACCUUUAUGUAUCUGCAGCUAUUGCAGUGUUAAGCUUGUCUCUGAAGCCACCCACCUGUUCUGUGGGAAAUUCUAGUUGCUUGUGGCUGAGGAAACAAUCCCUCACCUCUGACUUCAGAGGAGUGUCAGUCGGUCUUUCCUGCUUUCUCUGAGUAUGCUACUUCAAGGGGAUCCUUAUGGGACAGGCAGCAAUCAAGACCAGAAGCACAGGAAAAACUGCUGCUGCAACUAAAAUGACAUCAUGCUGCUUCCUUUGGGAGAAUUCUGAAGGCUUCUCAAAAAUACGACACAGUGGCUGACUGAGUGGGCUGCAAUUCACUGGAAGGAGCUCUUGGGCCAGGGAAGUGGAGUAAUUGUGGAUCUUUCUCCUCUCUACCUGUUGGGAAGUGUUGUGUGUUGUCAGGAACACUGAACAAAUCUGGGAUGGGCCUCAGGGGCAAACACUGCCUUGUUUCUUCUGACACUGGAAUUUGUCUACGGUUGGUCAACUGAGGCAUCUGCCACUCAUCAACUUUUGUUUUUUCUCUGCCUGAACAAGGUUACGUUUUCCCUCACUUCAUCUCCUUUUGACUUUUUUUUUUUCCUUGACUGAUUGAUUUUCUCCUGGCUGUGGAAAAGAGAGCCCUGCUGAUGUUGAUUUAAAUAAUGUCGAAACCAAUGGGACUCCUAUGGAUGCCUUUGAUCUUCACCCCAGUCUGUGUCAUGUUGAAUUCUAACUUCCUCCUGUGGAUAACUGCACUGGCUAUAAGAUUUACUCUCAUCGAUGGCCAAGCACAAUAUCCAGUUGUUACCACGAAUUACGGCAAAAUACGUGGUUUAAGAACACCUUUGCCCAAUGAGAUCCUUGGUCCAGUGGAGCAGUACCUCGGUGUUCCUUAUGCCUCCCCUCCAACUGGAGAAAGGCGAUUUCAGCCCCCGGAGCCGCCGUCUUCUUGGACGGGUGUCCGUAACGCCACACAGUUUGCUGCCGUCUGCCCUCAGUACCUGGAUGAGAGGUCACUGCUCAACGACAUGCUGCCAGUCUGGUUUACAGCCAAUUUGGAUACUGUGGUGACAUAUGUUCAAGAUCAAAAUGAAGACUGCCUAUAUCUGAAUAUCUAUGUACCCACAGAGGAUGGAGCCAACACAAAGAAAAGCGCAGAUGAUAUAACCAGUAAUGAUCGUGGUGAAGAUGAAGACAUUCAUGAUCAGAACAGCAAGAAACCCGUUAUGGUCUACAUCCAUGGUGGAUCUUACAUGGAGGGUACUGGCAACAUGAUUGAUGGGAGCAUUCUGGCAAGUUAUGGAAACGUCAUUGUUGUCACCCUCAAUUACAGGCUGGGGGUUUUAGGUUUUCUGAGUACUGGGGAUCAAGCUGCAAAAGGCAAUUACGGAUUGCUUGACCAAAUCCAAGCUUUGCGUUGGAUUGAAGAAAAUAUUGGAUCCUUUGGAGGAGACCCAAAAAGAGUUACUAUUUUUGGAUCUGGGGCAGGAGCUUCCUGUGUUAGUCUUCUGACACUCUCUCACUAUUCAGAAGGUUUGUUCCAAAAGGCAAUCAUACAGAGUGGAACAGCCCUGUCCAGCUGGGCAGUGAACUAUCAGCCUGCCAAGUACACUCGGAUAUUGGCAGAUAAAGUGGGCUGCGACAUGCUGGAUACCACUGAUUUGGUUGAAUGCCUUCGGAAUAAGAACUACAAAGAACUCAUUCAACAGACUAUCACUCCAGCCACGUACCACAUUGCCUUUGGGCCUGUGAUCGAUGGGGACGUGAUUCCAGAUGACCCUCAGAUUCUCAUGGAGCAAGGGGAAUUCCUUAACUAUGACAUAAUGCUAGGCGUCAAUCAAGGGGAAGGUUUAAAAUUUGUGGAUGGCAUUGUAGACAAUGAAGAUGGUGUUUCCCCCAAUGACUUUGACUUUUCCGUCUCCAAUUUUGUGGACAAUCUAUAUGGCUAUCCAGAAGGGAAAGACACACUGCGAGAGACCAUUAAAUUCAUGUAUACUGACUGGGCAGACAAAGAAAACCCUGAAACAAGACGGAAGACAUUGGUAGCUCUUUUUACCGACCACCAGUGGGUUGCUCCUGCUGUGGCCACCGCUGACCUACAUGCCCAGUAUGGAUCUCCAACAUAUUUCUAUGCAUUUUAUCAUCACUGCCAAAGUGAAAUGAAACCAAGCUGGGCUGAUUCAGCUCAUGGUGAUGAAGUCCCUUACGUAUUUGGCAUUCCUAUGAUUGGCCCCACAGAACUGUUCAACUGCAACUUCUCCAAGAACGACGUCAUGCUCAGUGCAGUAGUUAUGACAUACUGGACAAACUUCGCCAAAACUGGAGAUCCAAACCAGCCUGUUCCACAGGACACAAAGUUCAUCCACACAAAACCCAACCGCUUUGAAGAAGUGGCCUGGUCCAAAUACAAUCCUAAAGACCAGCUUUAUCUGCAUAUUGGCCUGAAACCCCGAGUUCGUGAUCACUACCGAGCAACAAAAGUUGCUUUCUGGUUGGAGCUUGUACCACACCUUCACAACCUAAAUGAAAUAUUUCAGUAUGUUUCCACAACAACUAAAGUCCCCCCUCCUGACAUGACAUCAUUUCCUUAUGUUACCCGACGUUCUCCUGGUAAAUUGUGGCCAGCCACCAAACGCCCAGCGAUGACACCAGCCAACAAUCCCAAACAUUCAAAGGACACCCAUAAAACAGCUCCAGAGGAUACGACAGUUCUGAUAGAAAACAAGCGAGAUUACUCCACAGAGCUGAGUGUCACCAUUGCCGUGGGGGCCUCCUUGCUGUUCCUCAAUAUUUUAGCAUUUGCUGCAUUGUACUACAAGAAAGACAAGCGGCGUCACGAGACUCACAGGCGUCCUAGCCCCCAGAGGAACACAACCAAUGAUAUUGCACACAUACAAAAUGAAGAGAUUAUGUCGUUGCAGAUGAAACAGCUGGAGCACGACCACGAGUGUGAAUCGCUGCAGGCUCACGACACACUGAGACUCACCUGUCCGCCUGACUACACCCUUACGUUGAGAAGGUCCCCGGACGACAUUCCACUCAUGACUCCCAACACCAUAACCAUGAUUCCAAAUACAUUAACAGGCAUGCAGCCUUUGCAUACUUUCAACACCUUCAGUGGAGGACAAAACAGUACAAAUUUGCCCCAUGGACAUUCCACCACUAGGGUAUAGCUCGGCUCUUCCCCCUCUACUCUCACAAGCCGCUUGGAAGAAAGAAAAAAGAAAAGAAGAAAAAGAAGAGAAAAAAGAAUAAUACCAUCCAUAGAACAUCUUGUCAAAAUAUAAAGUAAAAACAAGUAAAAGAGAAGGACAGUCAUUGUUUUCUUACUGAUCCUUCCCAUAGAAACUCUCUGAUAUUAAAGAUCAGCCACAAACCCUGUGAAAUGUGAAACGUGUACAUUGCUGUUACGAUACUGCUUUAAGAUCUCAACCACUUUGAUUGAAAGUUGAGGCCAGAAGAAGUCAUUUAAAAUGAUGUUUUGAGUGUAACAGGCAAAGCAGAAUCUUCUGGAACACAGAGCCAGUGACUGUACAGGUGUUUUUUUCUUUUUAAUAAAUAAAAUUUAAAAAAAGUUCUUUAUGUGCCAUACCAUGAAUGGCCCUUGUUAAAACAAAGACAUCACCAUGGGCUUUUACCCAGCAUAUGAAGCUGUAAUCCAGAAAGGGAAAUGGGAUUUUAUUAUUAAAAACAAAAAAGAAAAAAAAGAGGAGGACUGACUAUGCAGUAAAAUACGUAUAGUUCUGUGCAAAGAGAUGACUUGCCAGCCUGAACUAUAUUUAAAGAAACUUUGUAAAAAUGUACAUAGCUGUGAGUUUAAAAACAAAAAAAGAAGAAGCUUUUAUUGAUGUUUUCAGUUUGAAAAGAGCUUUUAGAAAGAUUGUGCAUUCAGUUGUGACCUAUGUGUAUAUACAUUCGUCAUAUCACCUCUGUUUCCUCCAGGCCCAAAGGAGGAUUUUCUUCUUAAUUACUAGAGGUAAACAAAGACAUCAGGUUUUCUAACGUUUCAUUUAUACCAGGCCAUGGCGUCAUGCAGAGGAUACAAUUGUCUGUGUGACCUGCAUACUUCUCUUACAGGUUACACUAGUGCAUGUUAAAGCAUUCAUGGGAGAUUGUUGUUCUUUUCCUAAAUGUUUUUUUUUUCUAUAAUUUAAUUUCGUGUUAGCCUUCAUGAAAUUGCAACACAGCAAUGGAUCAGAAAAUGGAAAAAAAAAUACAAUUGCUAUUUUAAGCUUGUUGAACUGAACCAAGAAACAUCCAAUAAUAUAUAUUCAAAGAGUCCAGUUUGUAGUUCUUGAUUAUUGUGAUAUAUUAGGAAGAGUUUUGUGCCCUGACAAAAGAAAAGAAAGCCUGCCUUUUGGUCAGCCUUUUCAAAGGAAAAUUAGCUCUAUAUUCACCAGCAGCUGCAGAAGAAUCUGAGCUGAGAAAGCUCCUUCUCAGCUUUGCUAAAUGAGGGGAAAAAUGCAAUAUGAAGGUGGGGAAAUGGUGGGUUGGUUGGUUGUCUGUUUUUUAAAGUGUUUAGAAAUGAUCAGUGCGUAAAGAACUACUCUGCCCAGUAUUUUGUUUUUGUGCUUGAAAGCACACCUGUCAGAAAAUACUGUUUUUGCUGAUCUGUUAUACAGCAGUCCCAUAGUAAGUGAACAUAAGGAGAGAGAAGCAGAGAGAUCACUGGGUGUUCUACAUCUGAACAUGACGGCAAAUUCCAGAGAGCAUCACUGUCAGGAAUGGCAAAAUUGGUAGCUGAUUAUUCCCUUCCACCCUUCCUUAACUUGAAAAGUAAGGGCCAAGCAGAGCUAUCCAACAAAGAACUUAGCAGUUUCAUUUAAACAGCUGAUUUGAAUGUGAAAAGCUAGAAAUAGGUUCUCACAAAUGAAGAUUGCUUUAUAUUUUGUCUUAGAAAGUUACUGCGUCAUCAAGAGAGAGUAACCAAAGAUAUUUGAACAAAAUUGGUCUGCACUUGAACAUGAUUAUCCCAGAUGUAUUUUGUAUUAUUAAUUCACGACUAAGCUGCAUCAAUUAUCAUAUGUCCCAUACAGAAUCUAACACAAGAUGCCUUGUACCUCAUUUUGUUUUCUAUUCUUUUUGUUUUUUAAUAAAAGGCUUUGGAAUAGUCAUCCCAAAAAAUGAAAUCGUAGACGAGGUGAUUCACUGAGGUCUAUUCAUCUGCACAACUCCCUUAUUAUAGCAGGCAGUAAAACAUAUUCUGAAAGAAAGAAAUAAAAAGCAAGUUAAUGACAUGAUAAAAAUAGAAGUGGCUGAUAUAAUUGUGUAUAUGUGAUAAACGUACAUUACCCCUGACCUGGAUGAUCAGGUUGAAAUAUGAAGAAGCAGCAAGCCCAAAGUACAAGUAGUAGCGAAUGGAAAACUGUCUUUUUCACUGAUCCAUCACAUCAUGUUGAUUAAUGCUGACUCUAUACCAGGCCAUUUCCACUACCUAUGUAAAGCCUCAGCUGAGAUCCAGCAGUUCAUAACUCUUAAAAAAAAAAAAAAAAAAAAGGAAAAAAAAAGGAAAAAAGAAAAAAGAAAAAAAUAGUCAAUGAUGCUUAGCAUCAUAAUCAGUUGGGUAUGUUUGUAAUGUGAAUUACGGUAUUUGUUUAGUACUUCCAAUUGUCUUCUGCUAGCAAUAUGUACAGUACUGUGUCAGGCUUGUGACAUUUGGGUUAAAAGAAAAAUCCUGUAAAUGAAUGAUUUUAGCUUUUAAAAGCAAUUACAAUCAAGUUGAUUUAAUAAUUUAAUACAUCUCGACCGAUGUAUGAUUUAUAAAAGGAACAGAUUUAUAGGAUCUUCAUAGAAUUCUAUAAUAAUGAUAUCAAAACAUACUUUGCAAACUGUAAAAGAAAAAGUACUUUCCCAGGCUUACUUUCUUGACCUUAAGAGGCACGCAGGGUUUAAUGGUUUCUUUUGUUAUUGUUUUGCAAUUUUUUGGUUUUUUGCCUUAAGUAAUGAUAGAAGAUAUAUAUGGCUGGACACAUAUGUAUAAACUUUUCAGCAGCAUUUUUAAUAAUAAAAUAUCACAGUAUUUUCUAAUGCUUUGUGCAAAGAACUACGUGUUCAUCCUUUUUUGUAGAAAAUCUUUCAGAGGUGUGCUUUCUCCCCCAUCCCCAUUUCUUUAUCUAAUGUAAACGAUGCCUUGACACAGAGUAUAAAAAUGUUAAAGUAACAGAGGUUGCACUUUUAAGUUAUUGAGUUAUCAUGGCUUUCAUAGCUCUAUAAACCUGCCAGUAAAAGGAAAGAAGCUCAGACAAUGAGGAUAUAAAAGAAUAAGCUCCAUAUAUUUAUUACCUGUAUGCACUGCAACUCCCAUUGAACAAAUGAUUUAAUUGUUCUGUUAGUAUUUUCUAUAGCACUGAAAGAAAGCUUAGGUAAGCCGCUUCCCAUGUUAGUGUAUAGCUUAGCAGCUGAAAAACGUAUCUUCCAAAUUAAGGAACAGAAUAAUUCAGAUAAGUAUAAUGCAUUCAGUCUCCACAAGUAAAUAUACUUUCAUUUUAUAUUUAAAAUUUAGAUAAAUAAAAAGUUUUGUUAGAAAAAAUAUGUAAGAGUAGCAAUAUAAAUUUGUUACUCAUAUAUAUUUAAGGGAUCUACAUAUUUUGCAGGUAUGUGAAUGUCUUUCUUCCUUUAAGUUGAGCAGGCAAUUAUAGUUUCUUCUUUUAUGCUGUUAAAUUCCAUUUAUCAGCCAGGCUUCAUUUCACUGGAAAGUUACAUAGACAUUUUAGUGAUUUGGGUUGGGUAUUGUUUGCUUUCUGUAACUAUUCUGUUGAAUAGAGGUACUAACAAUAAUGUUUGAUGAAUUUUGAGCAUAUUAUUGAAGAGUAUUUGCAAAAAGCAAAUUCUAAAUGAUUCAUAUCAGGCUUUUGAUAUGAAAAAUCAAGCUUUUGAAAUAGAAACGUAUUAUGUGCCUACUGACCUAAUCAAACAGCUUGAAUUUUGAAUAUUGAAUUUGUAUAUAGAGCUUUUGCAAAUAAACUGCAGAUUUAGAA